GGGUUGGGUUGGGUUGGGUAUGGGAUAGAAUUAACAUCUGGUACUGGUAGAAAGAGAGAAAACACAAAACAAACAAACAAAUUUGUAGACUUCACUUCACUUCACUUGGAUCCAUAUUAGCAUUUCUUUUCUGAUUCUCUGAAGAAUCAUUGAAGAAGAGAGGAAUAGGAAUGACUACAUCACCAUUAAUUACAACUACUCCAGCAGCAGCACCAUCACCCAUCUCUUGCAAUAAUAAUAAUAAUAAUGUCUCCAUGAAGAUGAAGAAACCGAUGAUGAUGAUGACGACGACUUCUUCUUCUUCAAGUUUAGCAGUUUCAUUUUCACCUCUUAUUACCUCCACUGCCACUGCCACUGGGACUGGGACUGUCCGAAGAAGAAGAAGCAGCAGGAUGAUUUCUUGUGAGGUCGCUCUCGAAUCGGAUGCCACUUCUUCUUCUUCUUCUUUAUCCUCUGACAAAGACGUCGAUCCAUCAUCAAUAGCAACAGAUAAGAUCGGAGCGAGGGUUAGGGUUAAGGUUCCAUUAAAGGUACACCAUAUUCCGAGAGUGGCGGAGGUGGAUAUCACUGGUAUGGAAGGUGUGCUGAAGCAAUACGUUGGGGUGUGGAAAGGUAAGAGAAUCUCCGCCAAUCUUCCUUAUAAGAUUGAGUUUCUUACUCAUAUUGAAGGCCGCGGCCCUGGCCCUGUCAAGUUCUUUGCUCAUCUCAAGGAAGACGAGUUCGAAUACCUCUAAUCUUCUCUCCAAACCCAAACAAAUAAAAGACCCUCCUCCUCCAUCAUUUUCUAAUCAUCAUAUCAUAUCAUGUUUGAUCUAUUAUUAUUAUUAACUACUACUACAAAUCUGCUUCCUUAUUAUUAUUAAUUUUAUUUAACUUUCUGCUCUACAA